AUGGAUGCAAGAAUCGGUCAAGCACUGCAGCCGGGAAACAGCGCUGCUGCGUCGAGCCCGGCGGCAACCAACGAGAAGUUGGACAGAAGCAGGAAUUCCACCCACUCCAGCGAGGGACCUAAGACGCCUCUCUCCUCCGCUCCAACCCUCCGAGCGGCACCGCAUACUCCCGACAACAGGAAAAGCCGCCAAGUUUGGGUCAGCCGCGAGACACCGGCGCCGCCGGAGCCCCCUUCAGCGCCCAGCCCAGGCGGAAGAGGGGCCCGGCGCGGACGGGGACCGCCCUGCCGGAGGAAGGAGUGGCGGGCGACACCAACGGCCCGUGUUUUUGUCCCAGAAACAGGGUCGGCGUUCCAGCGGCUGAGCCGCCACCACCGCCUCCUCCUCGAUCUUAGCUUGGGCCACGAGCCUUACAAAGCCACCAAGCGAGCGGCAGCGGCAGCCCUGGGACCGCAGCGAAGGAGCUGUUUCCGUGGACACACGCCUCCGCCCCCGCCCCGGCGGCCCAGCACUGUUUCCCGAGGGAGAACAGGCAGCAGCUCCGAAUACCUGAGGAAGUUUCAUCAGUUUGCUAGUCCAAACAAGUUGUCAGCUUACAGCAGAUUAAGCAAAGAAAACAAUGCAAAAUUACCCAUGGAGCUUGCUCAAAGCCACAAGGCAGAUAACUCCAUAACUCUUAUAAAGAAGCCCAUCCAGCAACAGAAAAGCAGGUUCCUUCUGUGAAUGGAAAUGUGUUGUAAUCCAAGUCAAUGCAGUGAUAUACAGCCCUCUAGUGGGAAGGAUGCCUGAUUGCAUGAUAAUUAUUGAGUUCUGUCCUCAAUGUCAUAUUUGUAUUAUGUCAGCUCUUUCCCACACCUUCAUACAAUGAGUCUGCACUAUGAGAGGCAGGAAUAAAUCCGAAACCUCCAGUUUUAAACCAAACUGUCCCAUGCUAUUUGUAACUUUUUGAAUAUUUGCUUGAUCACUUGUCUUGGAGAAAUAGAUGUAAGGGGUUCUUCUCUUUUGGUUGAUUCCCUCAUUGCUCCAUGACACUAGGCAGUUAAUAAGUUAGUUUCUUAAUGUAGAAAUAACAGAUAUUGGGCAGCUCAUCAAGCUUCAGAGACACAGUGUACUCCAAGCUUCUGUACUGCAGCCCACUGUUGCAACAUCUCUCUCCCUCUUCAGCUCUGACAUCUUUAGCCUGUGCAUCCUCAAAGAGCCUCAGGGCACAGCAUAGACAGUUCUCUACUUCGCCCAUGUUAUCCUAACAAGUAUGUGGUUUAGGUUGAGAAUGAUUGGUUAAAGCAGACCCAAUGAGCUUUGUAGCUGAGUGGGAAUUUGAAUCUGGAUCUCACUGAGCCUAGCUUGACACGCUAAUCACUAUACCACCACACAAGCUCUGUGGCAGGGCAAUUUACUUCAGCAUCCCAUCACAGAUGUGAUAGGGAAUGGAUGCUGCAAUAGUAGCUGUGCUGAAAGUAGGUUUUACAGUCUAACUUGCAAACAGGAACACAUAUCAUGCUGUGGGGGCAAAGACAGCUAGGGCUUCAUAUGGACAUAUGUGACACCUACAAACUGGCUGAGUACACAUGGACAGUUAAGUCUAGGGGUACAAAUGACUUUUUGCACUAUUGAUACAGUUCCAGAAUUCCUAGUCAUAAAUCUAAUUGUAUGAAUUAUCAGCUGCACAGAGACAAUUGCUCCAGUGAAAUGCACUUACUUAAAGAGGAAAAAUCACAUAAAACUGGAAGCAUGCACGUGGUAAUUGGCAGAUUGUGCAUGUUUUCCUGAUGCUGCACUAAGAGGAUUGCGCUUUGAGCAAAAGUUCACAAUGGACGUCAAAGACAAUAGAUUCCCAGAACAAGUAUGCUAGUAGUCCAGAGUUCUACUCACAAUAUAGAUAUGUAUGAGGUGUCAGUAAUGGGGUGAAUAUCAAGUAAAAUUGUAUAAUAGCAUGUAAUCCCUAAAUUAUGUUACAAAGUUAAUAGAUUUGUCUGUCAUGUAUGUAAGGUAGAUCUGGCGGUUAUCAGUGACUUGUAGACUCCGCAGGACAGCAAAUAAAACAGAUUACUUCAAAAAAAAGCAACAAUAUGUGUACUU